AUGGGUGACAAGGAGAAUGGGUUUGCUGAAAGAGAUGAUCAACAUUCUGAGUCUUCAAUUGACAAGGUUGACCCGGGGAAACCUGCAUAUCUGACGUGGCAGCGAAAAGUAAACAGCACGGGAAAGGCUGUCGUGGAGUUCAAUCUAACUUUGAAAGAAGUUAUUCAUAUGGCUCCAAUUGGAAUUCGUCUAUGGCGCCAUCAACGAGAAGAAACAGCUAAAGGAAGGGAGAUUAUGAUUGAUCCAUUUACUAAGCGCGCUCGAUCAUCUAGUCAUGGUGUACCACUUGGUGGUAUGGGUGGAGGAAGUAUCGGAAGAAGUUUAAAAGGUGAAUUUCAGCGCUGGCAGCUACUCCCCAAAACAUGUGAAGAGGAUCCAGUUUUAGCAGAUCAAUUUUCUGUAUUUGUUUCCCGCACCAAUGGUGAAAAGUAUUCUAGUGUACUCUGUCCAAGAAACCCAGAUGUCAAAGGAAACAACGCUUCAGGGAUUGGAUCUUGGGACUGGAAUUUGAAGGGGGAUAAAUCUACCUAUCAUGCCCUUUUCCCAAGGGCUUGGUCUAUUUAUGAGGGUGAACCUGACCCAGCACUUAAAAUAGUCUGUCGUCAAAUUUCACCCAUUAUUCCUCAUAACUACAAGGAGAGCAGCUUCCCUGUCUCCGUUUUUACUUUCACGCUGUAUAAUUCAGGAAGUACUGCUGCAAAUACCACCUUGCUUUUCACAUGGGCAAAUUCUAUUGGAGGGCUUUCUGAAUUUUCUGGUCAACAUGUUAAUUCAAGAGCAAAGGUGAAGGAUGGCGUGCAUAGCGUGCUUCUACAUCACAAGACUGCAACUGGAAAAUCCCCAGUGACGUUUGCAAUAGCAGCAGAGCAGACUGAUGGCAUUCACGUGUCAGAGUGCCCUUGCUUUGUGAUAUCUGGUGACUCCAAGGGCAUUAGCGCUAAAGACAUGUGGAAUGAAAUAAAACAGCAUGGAUCGUUUGACGGUCUUAAUUCAGCUGAAACAUCAUUACCUUCAGAACAAGGGUCGUCUAUUGGGGCAGCCGUUGCUGCAUCUGUGACAGUACCACCAGAUGGAGUACGUACUGUAACAUUUUCACUGGCAUGGGAUAGCCCUGAAAUAAUUAUGGGUGGAAAGACUUAUUACAGGCGUUACACUAAAUUCUUUGGCACACAUGGGAAUGCAGCUGCAAAUAUUGCUCAUGAUGCAAUUCUUGAGCAUCACAAUUGGGAAUCACAAAUCGAGGCAUGGCAAAGACCGAUACUUGAAGAUAAGAGGCUUCCUGAAUGGUACCCUGUUACUUUGUUCAAUGAGCUAUAUUAUCUUAAUUCUGGCGGCACAAUUUGGACAGAUGGAUCACCUCCUGUGCAUAGUUUAGUAAGUAUUGGAGGAAGGAAGUUUUCUCUUGAUAAAUCCUCAUUAGGUGUGAAAAACAUCAUUGAUGCACCCCAGCAAAAUGAUACUGCUGUUGACAUUCUUGGAAGGAUGACUACAAUACUUGAGCAAAUUCACAUGCCCGUGGCAUCAAAUUCUGCAUUUGGACCAAAUCUGCUUCAGGAGGGAGAAGAAAACAUUGGUCAAUUCCUUUAUCUUGAAGGAGUUGAAUAUCACAUGUGGAACACUUAUGAUGUCCAUUUUUACUCAUCUUUUGCACUGGUCAUGCUAUUUCCAAAACUUGAACUCAGCAUACAAAGAGACUUCGCAGCAGCAGUAAUGAUGCAUGACCCUAGUAAGAUGAGUGUUUUAUGUGAUGGGAAGUUGGUCCAAAGAAAGGUUCUUGGAGCUGUUCCCCAUGAUAUUGGGAUCCAUGAUCCAUGGUUUGAAGUAAACGCUUAUAAUGUUUAUAACACAGAUAGAUGGAAAGACUUGAAUCCUAAGUUUGUUCUCCAAAUUUAUAGGGAUGUGGUUGCCACUGGUGAUAAGAAGUUUGCAGAAGCUGUUUGGCCUUCUGUUUAUGUUGCAAUGGCUUAUAUGGAACAAUUUGACCGGGAUGGUGAUGGUAUGAUUGAGAAUGAAGGCUUUCCUGAUCAAACCUAUGAUACAUGGUCUGUCACUGGUGUGAGUGCAUAUUGUGGUGGGUUGUGGUUAGCAGCUCUGCAAGCUGCUUCAGCCUUGGCACGUGAAGUAGGUGACAAGGGUUCUGAGGAUUAUUUUUGGUGCAAGUUUCAGAAGGCAAAAGUGGUGUAUGAAAAAUUAUGGAAUGGAUCUUACUUCAACUAUGAUAACAGUGGUCAAAGUGCAAGUGCAUCAAUUCAAGCAGAUCAAUUGGCCGGACAAUGGUAUACCGGAGCAUGUGGACUUAUGCCAAUCGUUGAUCAAGACAAGGCACAAAGUGCAUUGGAAAAGGUUUAUAAUUACAAUGUCUUAAAGGUGAAGAAUGGGAAAUUGGGGGCUGUUAACGGGAUGCUUCCUGAUGGAACUGUUGACAUGACAACAUUGCAGUCGAGAGAAAUAUGGUCUGGGGUCACAUAUGCUGUUGCUGCAACAAUGAUCCAAGAAGAUAUGCUUGACAUGGCAUUUCAUACUGCUGGUGGAGUCCAUGCAGCUGCGUGGUCUGAAGAAGGUCUUGGAUACUCUUUUCAGACUCCUGAAGCUUGGACCACCACUGGGGAAUUCAGAUCAUUAGCUUACAUGCGCCCGCUUGCCAUAUGGGCAAUGCAAUGGGCAUUAUCAAGACCUAAUAAGGUUCUUAACCGAGAGACAAGAGCAGAAGUUGAUCAAGUUUCUUUGCUCCGGGAUGAGGCUGGAUUCGCAAGAGUUGCUCAGCUUUUAAAGUUGCCGCCAGAGGAAGCAGCAUCCAGAAGCAUUUUACAGGUUGUUUAUGAUUAUACUUGCAAGAGGAUGAUGUGAGUGAAAUUUGUACCAGUGACAUUACAUAUCUACAUGUCGAUUCAAACCAGAAAAUAUAUUACAUUUGGUAUAGAGUGAUAUUGUUGGGUCUUUGAACAGGAAGAAAAUAUAAAUAAGAAGGGGGUAUAUUUAUACAUAAUCAUAUACCGUUUGAUUUGGAAGAUUCUUGUUUAUCUAUAUUAUUGUGUUUU